AUGGCAUUUUUACAUGGUGUCAGGAACAUUGUUAGAACGGUGGGGCUUGGUGAAUUAAAACACGUUUCCGUUGAGAAUGAUAAAAUUGAAUUUGAUCCUGAAAAACGUAAUAAUAUUUCUAUUAUCGUAAGAGGUCAUGUUAUGCAAGGAUCCAUCACAUUACUGCGAGAUGAUCAAGAAUCAAAACUAUUAAAGAUCAAUAACAAGAUUUACGUGACCGACGAUUACAUCAGAGUUACAAUAACUCCUGUAUACACGGAUAAUCAACUAGUACUAACCAUAGAGGGACCGCGAGAAUUUACCAGAGUUAGACAUGAAACUGAAGUGAUAUUCCCGCGUGAUUUAAGCGCUCUCGAAAGCUUUUCCAUAGAAUGUGAAAACGCGAAUAUUGAUGCAUAUGCACUACCAACUUUAUUCUUUGACCGAUAUCAAAUCAAUAAUACCAAUGGAAAUAUUGAUUCGCGGUUACUUAAAGGUACAAAUAUUAUUCUAAGAACAACCAAUGGGAAUAUCACGGGUUCUUAUCAACCUCUUGCAAAAUUUGUUGCUGAAUCUUCGAAUGGCACGAUCGAUUCAAGUGUCACGUCAGCAGUGCAGCCAUCUUCGGUUGAACUUCGGACAACCAAUGGAACCAUUAAAGGUUUUUAUCGAAUGGCGAAAAAUUUCACAGCAAAGACCACGAAUGGAGCUGUCACUGUUCAAGGUCACUUGAAAGAAAACGAACAAGUUGAUGCUAAUCUGGCGUCAACUAAUGGUGUGGUGUCGUUGACUAUGUCAAAAAUUUAUCAAGGUCGAUUUCAACUUGAAACUACUUGGGGAUCAACCAGCGUAUCAGAACUCUUUGACGUGAAUUUUGAGACUUAUAAUCGUACCUUGAAAAGCGGCGUGAAGGGUACCGCUCCCAAUGGCAAUAACAACAUAAAAUUGAGUACUAUGAAUGGUGCGGCUCGAUUGGAGUUUAAUUAG